AUUCGAUACACCACUGUAUCGUUUUCUUCUAGUUUGUAUGUUUCAGUAGUUGACAAAAGAAAAAUCAAUUCAGCAGCGGACGAGGAAAAAGAUUCUAUGAAUUGAAGAUUCAUAAUUAUAUAUGCAGCGGAAAGUUUCCCCAAGUGACACAAACCUUCUUCGUUUCACCGGAACGAAUGUCCGUAAACUUCGAUAUUUUGCCAAUAAGAGUUGCCGAAGUUUCCACUCCGACGAAUGAGAGGACAAUUGGUCUCGCACAAUCAAUGAGGAAAAUGUCGACGAGGAGGAACAGCGCGAGCGUUAGUGAAGACGACAAAGUGACUGUGAAAGUGUAGAACGACCGAUGUCUCUGACGGAUGACGUAGAACAGGUGCGAUGAUCGAAGACGCGACGAUGAUCGUGUUCUUGUUGUUCGUGUGGACGAUGAUCAGGUCGCAGGAGCAGCAGGAUCGGAAGCCGGACUCGCGGCGGGACUCUGCUGUGAAGGAUAAUCGUGAUUCGAGGCGAAAUUCCAAGGAGACAACGUCGUUCGGUCUUUCGUCCUACGUCGACAGACGUAGACACCGUCUUCGGCGACACUCGCGUCGAUAUUACGUCGAUCGUAACAGGAGGACAACGAUACCCCUAUUGAUACAGGAAUUAAGCGACUCAAUUUCUCCAGUUUCUCUGCACAGACUGUAACAAAGCAGCGAACUCUGGCGUCGUGUCGCUUAACCACGAGUCAGACGGCGUCAGUAGGAAAAUCGAAACCAACGUUUCUGUUAAACAGUGGCAAUAAUCUGGGCAUCUUUGCGCUGGAAAUAAGCCGGACCCGCGUAAUACCCCUUUAAGAUUAUAGCCACCAGGGUUUAUUAAAUCCGAUCCACUUACUGGCCCUAAUGCUAAUGCUAAUUUAAUCGAUGCACAGCUCCGGUGCCGCUUACCAACCACACGCCGGGAAUCCAUUAGAGUCGAGAGGUCGGGUUGUUGCUUUUCGUCAGACAAAAUGGAGAAACACUUUUUUUUUUUUUUCAUCGUCGGAUUUCCAAUCAUGCGUAAUUAUUUUUUUUUUUUCUCGUCGGAACUGUUUUCUUUUAUUUUCUAUUGUUUGAAGAUGCUUUCAUUGAUUACUUUAUUCAACUACUCGAAAUGCUUCUAUAGUUAG